AUGACACCCUCGGGACGGUUGAUGCGAAAGACAAAUCACGCGCUCCAACCUCAAGUUCUCCCUGGACCUUUCAUUGUCAUCGCUGGAAAAAUCAAACAGGGAAUUGGAACCUCAGUGAUCGGAGUGCGUCUGAUGCCACAAAUCCAGGCAGCCAUCGCGAAUCGAUACGUGGUUGGUGUUUCUAAUGACGUCGGUAGUGUGGACUUCGAUUUGUUGCGGAGAACAAUGAGGCCUGAGGGCAUCGUAGUCACGGUAAAUUUUUGUGGAUACCUGGUGGGAGAGGAGUGGUUGUUCCAACGAGGCGUUGAUUUGGGUCAUCCGCACCCCGUGACCGUAGGAGACGUGAUGGAGAUCACUUGCCUGGCUUCGAGCGAUGUCAGGACAGCGACAGGUGUUUACUUCUACACCAAACUUCGUCGAGUGAAAACUCUCAAAGGGAACAGCUUUUGGUGCAUUGCCUUCGCGAUCCUUGGGAAGGCUUACCAACCAGCGCGCCGGCGGAGGAAAAAUAUCAAGCUCUGA